AGGCGACUUCUCCGCCUACCACUUCCCACACAACCCCUCCUGGAGGCAGACGCCUGUGGAAGAUAAUCGCUGUGGUUUUUAGAGGAAAAAUGCAUCUUUUAUUAUCAACUCCAAGCAUUUUUCCACAUUACUACCCACAGUGAAGAGAUACUUUGUUUCAUCGGUGUGUAUAUUUUGCAUUCCCAUUCAUUGCAGCAGCGAAGGAGCUAUUUCAUGGUGAAUGGGUGAAGAUCUCUCUCCCCUUUUGUCUGCUCUUCAACUUGUCCCCCCUUAAAACAACAACAACAGGAGGUUUCGUUUCUGCUUUCCGGGUUAGACCCACACGGAAUGAAUGACAAAGUCAAAGGAGGUUGAUGUCCACAACUCCCCGGCUCACCUCCUCUUCGCCUCGCCCAAGGAACGGAGGCUUCACCUCCGGCAGAAGAUGGAAAGCGGAGGCGGAAGGGAGAGCUCGGACAGCGGCACCGCCGAGCAGCAGCACCCCCGACUGGACAACACGGAGCUGCCCGCUAUACUAUUAACCCAAGGGGGGAAGAAGAAAAUAAAUCGUGCUCCUUCACCGGCUAGACCCAAGGAUGUACCAGGGUGGUCUCUGAGCAAGAUCCGCGGUGGCAUUGGAGGCCCCAGCCUGAGUGUGAAGCCGGGUGCCAUCCACCUGGGGAGCCGUAUAUCCAGACGCAGCCCCAUCGGAACCUUGAGUGGAAAAGACAACAAAGCCGAAAAAAGUGGUGGGAAAUCAGGUGGGAAGUCUUCACUCUCCACCGCAUCUAAAACUUCCGCUACCAAGAUGGCUAAAACUAACAACGGAGUACGGAGGAGGGUGUCCGACGCCAGCAUUGGAUCCGACGACCUGUCCAAAGACUCUGGCUGCGCCCCUGGGAAGCUCUCUCCGACUGACAGCAGCUCAGAACUGUCAGAUUGCGUCUCGGAAGAGCACAAACUCUCCACGGACGCCCCAAGCAGUGACACCGAGUCGAAGAGCAGCCGGGGUGGUGAACGGAACGGAGCCAACCUCAAACAAUCCUCGGUUAAAAGUUCAAUGGAGAGAGCCAACAAGGACCGACCUUUUGUGAGUGUCGAAGCCGGAGAUGAGAGCACAUACCCGGCUGAGGAACGCUCCGUCGCCUCGGUGGACAGCCGGAUGCCAGCCAGCACAUCUUUGGCCUUCUCUGACCUCACUGAGGAGUUUGUGGACGGCAUGCAUGAGGAGUUUGUCAGGGAGAUAGAAGAGCUCAGAUCUGAAAACGAUUACCUCAAAGAUGAGAUGGAGGAGUUGAGGUCGGAGAUGCUGGAGAUGAGAGACAUGUACAUGGAGGAAGAUGUCUACCAGCUGCAGGAACUACGACAACAGCUGGAGCAGGCGAACAAGACCUGCCGCAUCCUUCAAUACCGUCUGAAGAAGGCAGAGCGGCGUUCUCUACGAGUGGCCCAAACUGGGCAAGUGGAUGGAGAGUUGAUCCGAACACUGGAGCAAGAUGUCAAAGUGGCCAAAGAUGUGUCCAUCCGUCUCCACAAUCAGCUCGACGGUGGUGAGAAGAAGAGGGCUCGUCUGGAGGAGGAGAACGAGGAGCUCCGAGUCAGACUCCAGGACUUGGAGGUGGCCAAACAGGUCCUGCAGCAGGAGAUUGACAAGAAUGCCCAGAAGAAAAGAGGCGCUCGACCAACCAAUAACAAACCUGACAAGAAGCUUGGUCCACAGCAGGAGGACAGCUCAGACCUGAAAUGUCAACUCCAUUUUGCUAAAGAGGAAUCAGCCCUCAUGUGCAAGAAGCUAACCAAGCUUGUGAAGGACAGCGAGGCCAUGAAGGAGGAACUGGCUAAAUUCAGGUCCUUGUAUGGGGAUGUUGAUGCCUCCAUCACCGUGGAGGAGGUUGCUGACUCCCCCCACACUCGUGAGGCAGAGGUCAGAGUUCACCUGAAGCUGGUAGAAGAAGAAGCUAACCUGCUGAGUCGACGCAUCGUGGAGUUGGAGGUGGAGAACAGGGGCCUCCGAGCUGAGAUGGAGGACAUGAAAGCACCACAAGAUGGGCCUCAAGAACUCAAUAUGGCUAGCGGGGGUCCAGGGUCAGCCCCAUUUGUCAGCGGAAGCGCUUCCUCGUCAUCUGAAAACAUCAUGGAACUCCAGAGGCACCUCCAAUUUGUAGAGGAGGAGGCGGAGCUUCUGAGGAGAUCGCUGAUUGAGAUGGAGGAACAGAACAAGCUCUUGAUGAAUGAAAUCAACCGCUAUAAAUCUGAACUGCCUCCACCGACAGCAUCCUUAUCUUCCAACACCGCGGUGGUGUCGCUGUCGGAGAGACUGCUCCACGAUGGAGUUCUUCACUCCGUGCAAGGGGAGGGAGCCGUUCUCAUCAGCCCGGAUGUUUCCCCCCAGCAGGAGGAACUCAGAGUAGCUCAUCUUCAGAUCGGAGAACUGAGCGGGAAGGUGAAAAAGCUGCAGUACGAGAACAGAGUACUGCUGUCCAACUUGCAGCGUUGUGACCUGGCUUCCUACCCAGCUCCUUCCUUGUCCUCCUCGUCCUUAAGAGUGUCACUGGAGACGGAUGAAGAAGCUGGAGACUCAGCGGAGUGUCUCCCCAACAGUCCACCACAUCGCAAAGAGCCGCUCGGGGUCGAGAACGACUCGCGGGGUGAUUCCGAGCACAAAAACAACAUUCCAGAAACAAAAGGCUCCCAGUUUGGCCUCCUCGGAUUAAAGGACCAUGAUGCUUUGCUCAUAAUGAGGGACCAGGCCCGUUUAGUUUCCACUGCGAUACAACUCCUGACUGCUCCGGAGUCCAACUGCCUGUCAUCAUCGACAUCCAUCUAUCACAAGGCGGCAGAGUCAUGUGACCUGGAGAAACCUCAACAUCACUGCCAGAUCUCCGAGCUUUCCGACCUGGCAGACCGACCUCUUGUCGGGGCUCUGACCAGCAGGCUCCAAGCCCUCCACGGCCAGCUGCAGGUCUUUGUGGAGCGUGUCGACAGCUUGGGUAAAUCCUCACUGGCCGGGGGUGAGAGCCCGCCUCCCUCGACUUCACCUUCCUCUAAAGACGAGCACAAUGCACCAAAGACUAUCGCUGAGAAGCAGAAACCUGAUUGUAGGGACCAGUCGCAGCCCGAGGUCAAAGGGGAAACGGACAAGGAAGGCCAUAAAGACGAAAGCAGUGAGACAGGAAACAAGUUCACAGAGGAGGAGACGGGAGAUGAUGCAUCGCCCGUUCAGUCUGGUGAUCCACAUGCCGAGUUGAAUGGUGAUGAGAAGAUGGUGGAGGAGCGAAAGGCCCAGAGAGACAUCACACUCAGACUUUCUCAGCUCCAGGGGGAGCAGCAGAAAGCUCUGCUCCGUCGGGACUUCCAGCUGCAGAGUUUGGGCUUGCAGGCUCGACUCCAGCAGAAGUUGUGGGGCCAAGAGAGGACCCUCCUGGUGCAGGAGUCUCAGCACCUCAAACAAGCUCUGCUCCUUCUCAGCCUCAAACUACGCUGCUUCAUCAAACACUGGAGGCUGGGCUGCAAGAAGGAUGCAGAGUGGAAAGAUAUACUGGAGAUAAACAACCUGAAGGACCUUUACCUUUUACUGGAGGAAGACAACCUGACAAGCCCUUCCCAUCGAACUGAGGAAAAGGCUGAUGCAGACGAACACACGCCUGACCCGGCAAUCAAGCUGAGCGCUGUGAGCAGCACCUUGGCAGACCUGAAGGUGGCACUGCAGGAUCUUAGCGGCGAGCUGCACCAGGAGCGACAAGGCUCCCAGGAGCUGACACAGCAGUUUGCCAAGGCCAAGGCAUCAUGGGAAGUGGAGAGGACGGAACUCAAGAGCCUCAUCACUCAGCUUGAGACCAAAACAGGAAAAGCUGCGGCUGUGUCCUUGUCUGAUGUAAUGGACCCGCCUGACCUGAAGGUGACGCUGAAGAGAGAGCGGGAGGAACACCAACACCUUCUGGCUGAGUCCUAUGCAGCUGUGAUGGACCUUACCAAGCAGCUUCAGAUCGGCGAGAGGAACUGGGGAAGGGAGAAGCUGGAGCUGCUGGAGAGGUUCAGUCAGGAGAGAGCUCAGUGGGAGCAGAGGCUGAGAGAGGCUAAGUUAAAGUCAUCAAGAGUGGAUUCCUCUGUAGACGCAGUUGGCACCAAUGCAACAAGGACCAAAUCCACAGCAGAACUGGACAUCCCAGACAAUCUUGAAGCCGUGCCUCCAUUCAUUGGUCCACAGCUUGGUGACUGCAACAAGAAGAACUGGACCAAUCUGAAUAACGAGUCACCAGAGGUCAGCAGUACCUGCAAGACCUGGGACGGACCCAGCGCCAGCAGCUCCUGCAGCAACUUAGCCCCAUCAGGACUGGAUCUGGAGUCGGUCCAGAGGAGUCACACCGCUCCAGAAAGCACCGGAAUCCGGAUCUACUACAGCCCCCCUGCUGUCCGCCGCAUGGAGCACCAGAGAAGAGCAGCACAGGAGGCCGAAAAGCUGCAAGGGAACCCGAGGAGAACGUCCACCUUGAGUGUCUCCGAGGCAGGCUUGGCUGACCUCCAGCAGCCCAAGUCCUGCUUCUCAUCCUCUUAUGAACAGUGGUUGAGCUCGCUGUCCAAGCAGCACAGAGAGCUCCUGGAGAGCAGGAGUGGAUGCGCUACAUCGUCUGUGGAUGCCGAUGUGCUCAACAACAAAGCCGCAUCCUCUGCUGCUAACGGCUUGUCUGAUGGGAUGACCUCGUCGGCGUUCCACGGCCUGGAAAUGGGGGAUAUUUCUGCUAACUUAAGCGACGACAUGAAAGAGAUGACCAACUGUGUACGGCAGGCCAUUCGUUCGUCAUCUCUGGAGAGAAAAUCCAGCAGAGAACUAGUGGUCGGCAUGUCCAGCAGGUCCACGCAGACGACCGCUCAGUGUGUCAGCAUCGGACUUCAAACCGACACCCUCCCCAGCAGCAGAGGCGCGGGUUUGCACUCCAAAGCCUGGUCUCCUCGACCGUCAUCAGCAACCACCUCGCCAUUAGCGUCAGCUCGAACUCGACAGAUAUCGACAUCCCUCGAUAAAGUUCACAGCCGAAUCGACAGACCCUGUUGUUCACCCAAGUUUGGCUCUCCGAAACUCCAACGUCGGGUGUCCGCUGGCUCCACCUCCAGGCUGGAUGGAGGUCCAACAUCCAGAGACCGCAGCCUGUGGAGCCUCCAGCAGAGAGCCAUUAGUGGAAGCGGAGGCUCAGCCUGGGCUCGCUCAACCACCACCAGGGACAGCCCCGUGCUAAGCGGCCUCACCGACGGCCUCUCCAGUCUGUUCAGUGUGGUGGAGCAUGCUGGGAGCACGGAGUCACUCUGGAGGGGUGAUGGAGGUGCUAGUCCAGCACGGCAUCCUCACGCUGCAGGAAAACCCUCCUGCGUAUCCAUCUGCGGCUCCGAUCCAAACACUCCACAGCGCUACGGAGGCCUGGUGCAGGACUUCUUCAAGAAUGUUUGCAGCACCCGCAAGGAGGGUCUCACCUUGCCAGGAGAGAGGCUGCAAAGAGAUGCUCUCGUUGUUGGAGACUUCAACUGCGUGGAUGAGCCCAAGCCAGAAGGUCUCGGAGCCUUAGCUGGACUUUGCGGCGGCAACGACAAUGUGAGCCGGAUUAUCAACAAGAGGUUCAUGAGACAGACGGCGGGGGACGAGAUGGUCAGUAUCAUGGGAGGAGGAAAGGAUGUGGUGGGAAGUCACAGCACAGCAGGAUAUGGAACCGAGGAUGGACCCUGUGACUGCAUCGUUCAGUCCUUCUCUCUCGCCAGACCUUCUCGAGUCUCUCGUAACUCACUGGGACAGUGCAAACACCGCCCGCAUGAGUCCUCGGCCUCCGUCGAGGAGAAAGGAGACACUUUGGCAGAGUGACACCACUUUUAUUCUAUCCAACACUCAACACAUUCCCUCCCAUCACUUCAUGUAACCACUAGCAAACAUAGGACACGUUGCUAUUCUACUUAUACCAGCAGUCAUACUUUAGUCAAGAAACGACCACGAUGGACCUACUAUAUCACCUCUGCUCCUCACUACUUCACCUUUUUACUUUUUGGUUAUUUUUUGUCAUUUCCGCAUGCAGUAAAACCACACAGAAGAUUAUUAAGACUAUUGGGGUGCGUUCACACUUGUUAUAUCUGGUUCCAUUAAAAGUAGGGAUGGAAGUAGGGACUGUUUUUUGGGUCCGAGUCAUUUGAUUUUGAGUAUCGGCCGAUACCGAGUACCGAUCCAAUACUUCUAUAAUACAUUUAAAAAUGAAGAAGAACAGAGAAACAGAUCAAUUUUCCACUUUAGCAGAGCAUUAGGCUGACUGGUCUUGGACUGGGUAAACUGGCAACCAGUUACGAAAGCUUCCCGAUCAAUAUAAAUACCAGUGUGAAUGAUAAGCAAAGUGUGCGCCGAGUGUCUUUUUGUAGAUUGUUGACCCGGACGUACCAAACCACAAGUGUGAACGCAGCUUUUAUUGACGAUUGUUGUACUUUGGUUACUUUAUUACAGUAAAUGACUCCAAAUAUGGGUACCAUUGUGUGACGUGUACACACAAUAUAAACAGAACCACAUCAGCUCUAAGAACUCAAUUUGCAUUCGUAUUUAUUUGACUACAGGUUAAAAAAAAAACCCAAAGUGCCUGUUUUAUUUCUAAGCUAAGCUAAUUGAAAACCCCAAUUAUGUCAACAUGAUGUCAUUUGUUAUGUGUCGUCAUUUGGCACCCAUGGGUGGUGGAGUUGAUUAAAACAACAAAUAGCGCUAGUGUGAAAGCACCCUCCAACUUUUUGCUUUUUCAAGCAUUUCAGCAAAAAAUAUUUACAUUUCUAGUGUGUUUUGAGUUCAAAUAUAUGUUGCCUCUUUUUUGUUGUUGGGGGGAAAAAAAACAUCCAAUAUGAGGAUAAGAACAGCAGUGAGCUUAUGUAUUUCCUAUGCUGUCUAUUUAGCUUUCAUUCCAUAUGAAAAAGUGCCUGUUACAUUGUCUCGCACCAAAACUGGACUCCAUGUAGAAAAAAAAAAAAAAAAAACCCAACAGGCCUUUCAUUUCAGUGACCAAGAUUGUUUUUUUUAUGCACAAUAAAAGCUACACUAAAGUACUGUAUAUUUACCACAGUGGAGGGACGACAACAACAAAUGGUUUACAGGAAUACAAUACUUUAUCUAGUGCACCUUUUAUACCAGUGUUAUUUCUGGGAAAUAUAUUCUUUUUUAAGGUUUUUUUUUUCCUAUUUAUCCAGUUUUUGUAAUGUUUUUUUUGAAUGGUGCUUUUUGGACCACAGCUACUUGUAGUGGCAAAUAACAUUGCAUGAGAUAACACUUUGAUUAAUCUCAUAAGUGUGAUUAUUGCCAGUAAGAAUCCACGUUCUUAUGAUGGUAGAUUGCAAACAUGCAUGUUAGAAAGUGUUGCGGUGACAUACCUCGAAAAGGUUGACGUCAUUUUUUCACAUCACAUCUGCCUUUUCUUUAAGAGUUUUAACGCUGAUUAUGUUAUUAGUCCAUUGAUUAAUUAAUUGUCACUUUUACAUCACUCAUAUUCACAAAUGAAUGAAUGGAAUUUUUUACUAGUGAUGUCACAGGUUUGUUUUUAUAAUAAUGUAUAAACAUUUAUUGGCGAUAUGUACAUUAAUUUCUUGCUAGAAGUUCAUAGUGUUAGUUAAUAUUUGGAUUUAAGCGGAAAGACUGACUGUAAACUAGCUAGGAAUAUUAUCGAUAUAAUAUGCUUGACUCCGAAAAAAAAAAAAACUGAAUUAAAUAAAUAAAAAAGGAACAUGAUUCUGGUGUAUCGUGGAUGUAAAAGUAAUUUUUUUUAAAGUUAUUAAUAUGAUUUUGGAUGAUUGUUUUGAGGAAAGCUGAAUGUCAACAGAUGAUCUCAAUGGGAUCGCUGUAGAAAUAUGUAGCUCUCUCCCUUUAUUCACCACACUUUCCUGAGUGCUAGACUUUGCAGCUGAUGGAAAAACACAAUUUGAAUCUUUUCAAGAUUAUUGCGAUGUCUGAUGUAGCUUGUAAAACAAAAUGAUAUAAACGCCCACUGUUUGUCAUAGACUUCACAAAUAAAUGUCGAAAUUUUCACAUGGAUUCAUUG